CGGGUGUCACCAGGCCCGGCCUCCAGCUCCUGAGCUGGUGUCCCCGAGGGUCAUUUCUCUCCAGACGCUGAAUGAGGAGGUGGCUAGACCCCCGCAGGUCUCAUCAUGGCGGAGCAGGAUGAUAUCUGCAACUCUAAGUGGGAGGCGCCACGGGACAAGAGCUCCGUGGAUUCGGCAUGGUCGUGGAUUCCAAUCAUGAGAGACCCUGGGUGGAUCCGAAACGUGUGGCCUUCCAACAUUAACGUCCAGACGAUGAAUUACGUGGGGCAGUUGGCCGGCCAGGUGUUUGUGACCGUGAAGGAGCUGUACAAGGGCCUGAACCCUGCCACGCUGUCGGGAUGCAUCGACAUCAUCGUGGUCCGCCAGCCCAACGGCAGCCUACAGUGUUCCCCUUUCCACGUCCGCUUCGGGAAGAUGGGUGUCCUGCGGUCCCGGGAGAAAGUGGUGGACAUAGAGAUCAAUGGGGAGUCUGUGGAUUUGCACAUGAAGUUGGGAGACAAUGGAGAAGCAUUUUUUGUUCAAGAGACUGACAAUGACCAGGAAGUCAUCCCCAUGUACCUGGCCACGUCCCCCAUCCUGUCUGAAGGAGCUUCUCGCAUGGAAAGCCAGCUGAAAAGGAACUCCGUGGACAGAAUCCGGUGCCUGGAUCCCACCACGGCUGCCCAGGGCCUGCCCUCCAGCGACACUCCGUCCGCUGGUUCCCUGGGGAAGAAGAGAAGGAAGAGGAGGAGGAAGUCUCAGUUGGACAAUCUGAAAAGAGAUGAGAACGUCAACACGUCUGAGGAUGAGGACAUGUUUCCCAUAGAGAUGAGCUCCGAUGAGGACGCAGCCCCGACGGAUGGAGGAGGCAGAACUCUUCCUAAUGAUGUACCACCAUUCCAAGACGAUAUUCCCAAGGAGAACCUCCCCUCAAUAUCAUCGUACUCCCAGUCAGCAUCGUACCCCAAUUCAGACAGAGAGUGGUCCCCCAGCCCCAGCAGCCUGGUAGAUUGCCAGAGGACUCCCCCUCACCUCGCGGUGGUGGCCGAGGGAGUUCUUUCUAGCUCUUGCCCUCCACAGUCCUCCCACUUCCGUCCUCCGGAAAGCCCUUCAGGCUCCCGCCCCUCAACACCAAAGAGUGAUUCGGAGUUGGUGAGUAAGUCUGCGGACAGGUCGACACCGAAGAGUAACCUGGAAAUGCUCUGGCUUUGGGGCGAGUUGCCGCAGGCUGCAAAGACGUCUUCUCCACACAAGAUGAAGGACUCCAGUCCCUUAGGGAGCCGGAAGAUCCCCGAUAAAAUCCACUUCCAGGCCAUCCACAGUGAGUCUUCGGACACCUUUAGCGACCAGUCACCGACCCUGGCCCCGGGGCCGCUGGUGCAGCCGCCGAGCAAGACUCAGACGGAAAUGCAGUUUGUGAAUGAGGAGGACCUGGAGGCCUUGGGAGCCGCGGCCCCACCUCUACCCGUGGCUGAAGAGCUGAAGCCCCCGGCUGCCUGCACGACACAGGCAGCAAGCAAGACAGACUCCCCGUCCAGGAAGAAAGAUAAACGGAGUCGACACCUGGGAGCUGAUGGCGUUUACCUGGAUGACCUCACAGACAUGGACCCUGAAGUGGCAGCCCUGUAUUUCCCCAAGAAUGGUGAUCCUGCGGGGCCCAAACAAGCCUGCGACAAUGGAGCCAGGUCGGCCAACCAGUCCCCACAGUCCGUGGGCAGUUCGGGCGUCGACAGUGGUGUGGAGAGCACCUCGGAUGGCCUGAGGGACCUGCCCUCCAUAGCCAUCUCCCUCUGCGGUGGCCUCAGUGACCACCGGGACAUCACCAAAGAUGCGUUCUUGGAACAGGCUGUGUCGUACCAGCAGUUUGCCGACAACCCCGCUAUCAUCGAUGACCCCAAUCUCGUGGUCAAGAUUGGAAAUAAGUACUACAAUUGGACUACAGCAGCUCCUCUCCUUCUGGCGAUGCAGGCUUUCCAGAAACCUUUGCCAAAGGCCACUGUGGAAUCCAUCAUGAGGGAUAAGAUGCCCAAAAAAGGAGGCAGAUGGUGGUUUUCCUGGAGGGGAAGGAACGCCACAAUCAAGGAGGAAAGCAAGCCUGAGCAGUGCCUGCCAGGGACGGGCCACGGCACAGAAGAGCAGCUUUCACAGCUUGGGCUGGCCCCCAGAGUCAAGCAUGAGUCAUCCUCCAGCGACGAAGAGCACUCAGCCGCCAAGCCGUCCAACUCCAGCCACCUCUCUCUCCUGUCCAACGUCAGCUACAAAAAGACCCUGCGGCUCACGUCGGAGCAGCUGAAAAGCUUGAAGUUGAAGAAUGGCCCCAACGAUGUGGUUUUUAGCGUCACCACGCAGUACCAGGGCACCUGCCGCUGUGAAGGCACCAUCUACCUCUGGAACUGGGACGAUAAAGUGAUCAUCUCGGAUAUCGAUGGGACCAUCACCAGAUCGGAUACUCUUGGUCAUAUUUUGCCCACGCUGGGAAAGGAUUGGACCCACCAGGGCAUUGCAAAGCUGUAUCAUAAAGUAAGCCAGAACGGCUACAAGUUUCUCUACUGUUCGGCACGCGCCAUUGGGAUGGCAGACAUGACGAGGGGCUACCUGCACUGGGUCAAUGAGAGGGGCACGGUGCUGCCGCAGGGGCCCCUUCUGCUCAGCCCGAGCAGCCUCUUCUCUGCCUUACACAGAGAAGUGAUUGAAAAGAAGCCAGAAAAGUUCAAAGUCCAGUGUUUGACAGACAUCAAAAACCUGUUUUUCCCGAACACAGAACCCUUCUACGCUGCUUUUGGAAACCGCCCUGCCGAUGUGUAUUCCUACAAGCAAGUGGGAGUGUCCCUCAACAGGAUCUUCACCGUCAACCCCAAGGGCGAGCUGGUGCAGGAGCACGCCAAGACCAACAUCAGCUCCUAUGUGAGACUCUGUGAAGUGGUUGACCACGUCUUCCCGCUGCUGAAGAGAAGCCACUCCUCCGACUUCCCCUGUUCAGACACUUUCAGUAACUUCACCUUCUGGAGAGAACCGCUGCUACCCUUUGAGAACCAGGACGUACAUUCGGCCUCAGCCUGAUGCGACCAGGCAUUAAAGGAUAGGUUGUGGGACCCUGGAGCUGCUGGGAAGGCUGAUGUGCGGCCAUCCGCCCGCCCGAGAGAGAAGCAUUUCUCCCUUGACCCGCCCGCCCCGGGGUGACAUUUCUGAGCGUGGAGGGUGGAUGCAGGCUGCACCUCAUCCCGUGUGUGUGCUGCAUGAGGACGGGUUGCACUAGUAGUGUGCAAAGCAGUCCUCUGUCUGGGUUAACAUACACAGUGCUGCACUCUCCAGCCCGGGGCCAGCCACUGGUUAAUGUGGUGACCCCUUAGCACAAGUGGGCCGGCCACCCGAGAGCUGUCCCAGCGUCAGUGUGCGCCCCAGGAACUCGGAUGUGCACAGCUGUUGGUAGCAUAAGGGGCGCAUUUCCACCGACAGUGACAUCUGUGCCGCCUUCCACACACAGGGAUGAGCCUUUUCCGAGUCUGAGUGCUCUGAAGGGAAGGAGCCUGGGCCUUGCUAGGUCCCAGCCCUCAGGCUUUGACUUUAUAGACGUCCCCUUGCAGUAUGGCUGACUUAGUCUCACUGUAGGUGAUAAGCUCUUGAGUUGCUUUGGUCAAAGAUGGCCUGUGCCCCUGGGGCAUCUCCUCCCCAUCCUCACAGCUCAAGGCCGGGCUAUGUAUGCCUUAACACAUCUGCAGCAGCCGUUUGCUUAGAGCCCAGUGUCUGGUUCUCCCAACUGCGAUGCCUUACAUUAAAACCAUAGUCCCCACGGCAGCGUCUGCGGCAUCCUCCGUCUGCGUCCCACCGCGGCCAGCCAGGAAGCACCAAGGAGGACUGGAACGGCAGGCACUUAAGCCAAACAGGAAUGAUGCCGCUAAAGAAACCGGGUGAUUUUAAGAAACGCAGUUUCCAGAAGUUAAACGAUUUUCUUUGCAGAUAUUAUUUAUUACUCCAUUUCGCUGCUGUUGUGAGCACCCUGGCCAGAUCCUUAGGAAUGCAGCUGUCGUGAACACAUUAAAAGUUGAGUGUGCUAGACAAUCCAAAGAGCCUUAUUCUGUGUGUGUCACACACUGAUCUUCUGGAAGUUCCGAAUCAUUCGUUUUCCUUAGCUUUUUCCAUUCAGUCUAAUGGGAAAAAAAAAGUGAUUUGAGUGAUGUUCUUUAAGCUGAUAGAGGGUAGUUGUUGAACCGUCUCAGAGAACAAUGUGAAAAAUGAAAGAAGUAUUUUGGUAAAAAGAUUUUGCUUUACUUUUGGAAGUUUUAUUUUUUUAAAGAGUGUUUUACUCCUGAAAGAUCUUCCUAUUUAAAUUUCAUUGUUUGAGUCAGAGGAGACAAAAAAAAAAAAAAAAAAAAAAAAAAAAAAGAAAAAAGAAAAAGAAAGAAAAAAGAGGGUGAAAGAAAGGACUGUUACUCUUUCUGUGAAAGAAGCCCGGAGUCACUGCGGUUGUAGCUGUUGUUGUUGGGUUCUGUGAAGGUCGGAUGCGGUCACCGUUCACAGAUUGGACAGCGGAAGGGGAAGCGCACCGGCUGCGGACCGCGGACGAUGGAGGAACGCGGACGGGAGCGUGCAGGCUCCCUUCUGGGACUGAGGAAAGUAAUUAAGCAUAGUCCCGCCACAGGCAGCACGUGGCUUGUUCUCUAGUGACCUUCAGAGGCCAUGUUAACCCUGCCACUGGGGUGUCUGGAGUGUCUUUUGACUGCCGUGGGCUGCACAGGAGGUCAGGCCUCUCCCUCGUGUCCAGGGGAAGCUUUGGAAGCUCCCUCCCUGCGUCUGCCCCCACCCCCUCCCCGCAGUCCUCUGUUCCAAGUGGCAUUCUGAGAGCAAGCUUGAACCGGGGUCUGUUUCUAUAACCCAGGCUGGUCUGCCUCCACAGCUACCACACCUGGCUUGGGAUCUGGUUGUGAACCACUCUACCCUGAAACAGAGCACACCUUGCACAAAACCACACUCUAAGAUCCCUGACGUCCUUCCUGAGCCCCAUCCAGGUAGUGGUGUGAAGGAACACCCGCAGCGAGGCGCCCACGUGAGAUCCGGAUGUGAGCUGCACCCGGGCUCGCUCACGUCGGCUUAUCUGCGUAUGCGCUAUAACCCGGUGGCCCCACGGCCACAUGCUAGAAUGCUGUAUUCGUACCACACAUUUCAGAGUUGCUCGUGGAAGUGCGUGACUCACUCCACAGUGACACGUCCUCAAACGUUGAUCACACACGAUGAAGGAGAAUGCCCCCGGCACGUUGCAGAGACGUGCUCCUAUUUUCGCAGAGAAUUCCCCUUUGGGUUUCAGGUUUGAUCACUACGUCAGUAUAUUUUAUUUAUAACAUUGGCUGUGUGUUUGUAAAUGCCGGUGCAAUGAUGAAAAUCAAUGUAAUAUUUCAUUGUGUGUGCUUGAUGCAGAACUAGAAAUUUCUGUAAUAAACGAGAUGGAUGAAAGACUUCUGAAAAUCA